CUGUUUCUGUGGAUUGAAUCUGGAACGUAGCUUUUGACUGGAUUUGAGAAUCCAAUGCGGAGGGAGAAAGGUGGCUCCGAAUCCAGCAACGAGCUAGCCGCCGUAUACCAACUGUCUCGGCCCCUCAAACACUGGCGCGACUUCCUUCUCUUCCCUGCAUUGGUCCGACCAGGCUUCUCCGUUUUACUGCCUUUUUAGAUGCAGCAAACUGCAAACGUUUCUAUGAAAAGAAAGGUGUUGCCUGUCUGGAGACGAACAUGGGCGAGCCGCGGUACCCAUGUGCACAUUGCCUUCGUUGUUACAUCGUGUCUACUGCUACAUUGCCUUCUUCCUUUCUCAGCUUCUCUAGUUCUCUUCUCUUCACUUCACUUCGUAUGGUUGUCUGCGCUCUUCGCCGCCGCCUGCUGGUGGUGGCGGCGUUCCUCCUCCUCCACUUCGCCUUUUCCGUCGAGACUGACUCCGGCGACCUGGUGGCCAUGCGCACCGUCUCCCUUGCCCUCGGCGUCGACCGCUCACCUUCGCUCUCCUGGCCCCCCUCCGCCGACCCUUGCUCAUCUUGGCCGGGCGUGUCCUGCUCCGGAGACGGCCGAAUUGUAGCCGUCCAGGCUGGAAACCGCGGCCUCUCGGGCUUCCUCUCCCCUUCCGUUCAGAACCUCACCGCUCUCGUCCGCCUUGAGCUCCAGAGCAACCACCUCGAUGGGCCCCUACCCUCCCUCGCCGGCCUUUCCUCCCUGCAGAUCCUCCUUCUCCACGGCAAUAAUUUCUCCUCCAUCCACACCUCCUUCUUCUCCGGCCUCUCCUCACUGCAGUCUGCCUACCUCGACGACAACCCCCUGUCGAACUGGCAAAUCCCUGACUCGCUUCGCGACGCUGCACCUCUCGUCAAUUUCUCCGCCAACAACGCUGGCGUUUUCGGGUCCCUCCCCGCCUUCUUCGCCACCGCCUUCCCCGACCUUGACCACCUCAGCCUCGCUUUCAACCAUUUGUCCGGCCCUGUCCCUGGCGCCUUCGCCUCCGCCCCAAUCCGCUCACUCUGGCUCAACAACCAGCAGGGAAACACACGCCUCUCCGGCGACAUUGCCUUCGUCGAGAAUAUGACCGCUCUCGAGGAGCUCUGGCUUCAUUCCAACGACUUCUCCGGGCCGUUGCCGGACUUCUCCCAUCUCCCUUCACUCCGCGACCUCCAACUCCGCGACAACCGCCUCACCGGUAUCGUCCCCAAAUCCUUGACCCAGCUCCCGUCGCUCAGCAAAGUAACCCUCACCAACAAUCUCCUCCAGGGGCCGGUGCCGGAGUUCCCUCCCUCCGUCAAGGAAGUGGAUGUCGAUCCAAAAGGUGAGAGCUUUUGCAUUUCCACUCCUGGCGAAUGCGAUCCCCGCGUCAAUUCUUUGCUCUCCGUUGCCAAAGGAUUUGGCUACCCAGCUCGAUUCGCCGAGAACUGGAAGGGGAACAACCCCUGCGGAUGGUUAGGGAUUAACUGCGACGACAACGGCAACAUUACUGUGAUCAGCUUCCAGAAGAUGGGUCUCAAUGGCACGAUAUCGUCGGAGUUUGGAUCGAUCACCUCUUUGCAGAAAUUGUUCUUGUCAAACAACAAUCUCACCGGGACAGUUCCCGAUACGCUUGCAAAGUUGCCAUCUUUGAAGGAAUUGGAUGUGUCAAACAACUCAUUAUGGGGGCAAGUUCCAACCUUUAGCAAGAACAUCUCGGUAAACACUGCUGGGAACCAAAAUAUAGGGAAGAAUACGAUCAAUGAUUCCCCUGCUUCUAGCUCGGCCUCUGCCGCAGAUGGCAGCACUAGUUCUGACAGAUCAACUGAUGCAAAUAGCCAAAGUAGCAGGAAGUCUUCCCAUGACCGAGGGGGCGUAAUUGCCGGUUCAACGAUAGCCGUGGUGCUGGGAAUUUGUAUCCUUGGGCUGUUGGCUAUCUGCUACUCCAAGAGAAAGCAGCAAAAUUUCGGUAGAGUUCAAAGCCCUAACACAACUGUGAUACACCCACGUCAUUCGGGAUCCGACCCAGACACGAUCAAGAUCACCGUUGCAGGAUCCAGCGUGAACGGCGGCGCAGCUGCAAGCGAGACCAUUAGCCGGACGAGCAGUGGCCCAAGCGACGUCCAUGUCGUCGAGUCCGGCAACAUGGUGAUCUCCAUCCAAGUCCUUAGGAACGUGACCGAUAAUUUCAGCGAGGAGAAUGUCCUCGGUCGCGGGGGAUUCGGAACGGUGUACAAGGGCGAGUUGCAUGAUGGAACAAAGAUCGCAGUCAAAAGGAUGGAGGCGGGUGCAAUGGGGACGAAGGGCUUGAAUGAAUUCCAAUCGGAAAUUGCAGUGCUCACCAAGGUCAGACAUCGGAAUUUGGUUUCCCUGCUCGGAUAUUGCUUGGACGGCAACGAGAGGCUCUUGGUCUACGAGUACAUGCCGCAGGGGACUCUAAACCAGCAUCUUUUUGACUGGAAGGAAGUAGGGUUGAAGAAGCCCAUGGAAUGGAAGAAGAGGUUAGGCAUUGCACUGGAUGUGGCACGGGGCGUCGAGUAUUUGCACAGUUUAGCACAGCAGAGCUUCAUCCACAGGGAUCUGAAGCCUUCUAACAUUCUCCUUGGGGAUGACAUGAAGGCCAAGGUUGCUGACUUUGGCCUUGUUCGACUUGCUCCGGAGGGGAAAGGCUGCUUUGUGGAGACGAGAUUGGCCGGGACUUUCGGCUAUCUAGCACCAGAAUAUGCAGUUACAGGGCGGGUGACCACAAAAGUCGACGUAUUUAGUUUUGGAGUAAUUCUGAUGGAGCUGAUCACCGGCCGGAAGGCUCUGGAUGAGACACAGCCGGAGGAGAGUAUGCACUUGGUGACAUGGUUCCGGAGGAUACUGCUCAACAAGGAUGCAUUCCCUAAGGCCAUUGAUCAGACGAUCGACCUGGACGAGGAGACCUCAGCUAGUAUCAGCACGGUUGCGGAGCUCGCCGGCCACUGCUGCGCCAGGGAGCCUCACCAGAGGCCAGACAUGGGGCAUGCAGUCAAUGUCCUCUCUUCGCUGGCGGAGCUUUGGAAGCCCUCCGAUCCCGACUCAGAGGAGAGCUACGGCAUCGACCUCGACAUGACACUGCCCCAAGCACUGAAGAAAUGGCAGGCGUUUGAGGAUCGCAGUUACUUGAACGGAGCCACGAGCUCCUUCCUCGCGAGCUUGGACAACACUCGCACUAGCAUUCCGACGAGGCCGCCAGGAUUUGCAGAUUCUUUUGCGUAUGCCGAUGGAAGAUGAUUGCAUUCGCUGAGCUUUAAUCCUUUCUCCUUAUUUGGUUCGUGUAAGUUGAAACUAUGACUGUUAGGAUUGAGCUUUAAUCAAACAUGUGUGCUUGCUUACGACUGUAAAUGAAGUUGGUUUUCGAUUCGAUAAGAAUAUAAGAUUCGUCUAUGUUCGAACAA